AUGUCGGGCUCGGCGGCGGAGGCGGGCGCGGGGGCGGGCGCGGCCCGGGAGCGGCGGCAGGAGCAGCUGCGGCAGUGGGCGCGGGCGGCGGGGGCCGGGGAGCCGGCGGGCGGCGGGGGCCGGGCCCGGGCCCGCACCGUGCGCUUCGAGCGCGCCGCCGAGUUCCUGGCCGCGUGCGCCGGCGGAGACCUGGAGGAGGCGCGGGCCAUGGUGCGCGGGGGGCCCGGCCCGGGGCUGCUGGACAGCACCAACGCAGACGGCAUCAGCGCCCUGCACCAGGCAUGCAUUGAUGAGAAUCUGGAGGUGGUCCGCUUCCUGGUAGAGGAGGGGGCCUCAGUCAACCAAGCUGACAAUGAGGGCUGGACCCCCUUGCAUGUGGCCGCCUCCUGUGGAUACCUGGACAUCGCCCAGUACCUGCUGAGCCACGGGGCCAACAUUGCCGCUGUGAACAGCGAUGGGGACCUGCCCUUGGACCUGGCAGAGGCCGAUGCCAUGGAGAGUCUGCUGAGGGCGGAGAUUGCCCGCCGAGGCGUGGAUGUGGAGGCUGCAAAGCGGGCUGAGGAGGAGCUCCUGCUUCAUGACACUCGGUGUUGGCUGAAUGGGGGUGCCAUGCCGGAGGCCCGCCACCCCCGCACAGGCGCCUCAGCCCUGCACGUGGCCGCUGCCAAGGGCUACAUGGAGGUGAUGAGGCUGCUCCUCCAGGCCGGCUAUGACCCUGAGCUGCGUGAUGGCGACGGCUGGACGCCCUUACACGCAGCUGCCCACUGGGGCGUGGAGGAUGCCUGCCGCCUGCUGGCCGAGCACGGGGGAGGCAUGGACUCCUUAACCCAUGCGGGGCAGCGUCCUUGUGACCUGGCGGACGAGGAAGUGCUGAGCCUUCUGGAGGAGCUGGCCCGAAAGCAGGAAGAUCUUCGGAACCAGAAAGAAGCCAUGGCCCAGGGCCGAGGGACAGAGGCUGGCCCCGAGCCACAGCCGCCAGCCAGCAGCAAACAUAGGAGGAGCUCUGUGUGUCGUCUGAGCAGCCGGGAAAAGAUCUCCCUCCAGGAUCUCUCCAAGGAGCGGCGGCCGGGGGGCACUGGGGCCCCCCCACUCCGGGAUGAGGAGGAGGGUGAGGAGGAAUCCCCAGAGCCCAGUGCCUUGAAUGGAGUAUCUUCCCCACAGAACCUGGACCCCCCCAGCCCCAAGACGAAGGAGCUCCGUCUGGCCCGUGUGCCCCCAACGCUCUCCCGGAAGAUGAACGAGACCCCUGAAGUGAUUGUGGAGCCCCCGACACCACUGCCAGCUGUGCCAAACACCCCAGGGUCAGCCUCUUUGGCCCCCACUGAUUCCCGGGACCGACGGAGAUCAUACCAGAUGCCUGUGAGGGAUGAGGAGUCUGAGUCUCAGCGCAAGGCUCGGUCCCGGCUCAUGCGCCAGUCACGGAGAUCGACUCAGGGGGUGACGCUGACAGACCUGAAGGAGGCAGAAAAGAGCGUGGUGCGGGGCCCUGAGCCAGAGAAGGAAGAGAUGCGCUCAGGGGACCUGGACCCUUCUCGUCGGCCCCGAGUCCCUGGGCUGGAGAACUCGGAUGCCACUGUCCAGAGAGCAGAGGAGCCUGAGGGGGAAGGCCGCAGCCAGCGGGUGAUUCCAGACCGACGGAAAGUCCGUAAGGAGCACCGGGGGCUGGCCGAGGGCGAGGAGGCAGAGCCCGUGGACCCCCUAGCGCGUGAAGAGAGCCCAGCCUCCAGAGUGGUGGACGGCUCCAAGGGACUGCGACCACGGGCGGAGCCCACAGACCCGCACCCGGACAACAGCAACUUCCGCAAGCUGUACCUGAGCCUACAGGGGGAGAAUGAGAGACUCAGGGACACUCUGCAGGAGACCACCCUGGGGCUGUCACAGCUGAAGGUGGAGCUGGAGCGGGCCACGCAGAGACAGGAGCAGUACGCAGACAGGCCGGCCAUGCUGGAGCUGGAGAGAUUUGAACGGCGGGCCCUAGAGAGGAAGGCAGCCCAGCUGGAAGAGGAACUGAAGGCCCUGUCUGACCUGCGGGCUGACAACCAGCGCUUGAAGGAUGAAAAUGCCGCCCUCAUCCGGGUCAUCAGCAAACUCUCCAAGUGAUUCCCCCCACCCCCACCCUGGGAGGGGGGGUGCCUGGCUCUGCUCCCCUCUUCUCCCCUCACCCCCUAUUUAUGCAGCUGCUUCUGCCACAGAUCAUUCCUUUGUGUGAAACUUGGGGACCUUGGAGGGGACAUCAGGAGUCCCCUCCCCCCAGUCACUCCCCUAAAAAAGCCAUAAUCACCCCCCCACCCCCCCACUCCCUAGCACCCUAGGGCCCUCGGGGCCCAGCUGCCUGGAUCGAAGGAGCAGGGGCAGGGGGCACCCCUGGUGAUAGCCUGGGGGGGCCAUGGGAGGGGGCUGGGCCGUCAGGAGGAUGGGGCUGGAUGGGGGGUGCUGAGGGCUUCCAAGAUUGGGACCAGAGACAUGGGACAGUGGUGGAGGACAGAAUGUAGCUGAAGGUCGGUGGGAGAAGUUGGUUAAAGAAGAAUCUUGGGGCCAGAGCUGCCAGGAGGUGGUGGAGGCCCAGGAUCGAUGAGCCGGAGAAAGAAGAUGCAGACUUUGGGGACCAGGGCAGCAGAGAGCGAUCCUCCUCACCUUCCCCCUGCUCCUGCUUCCUCUCCACUUCACGUGUGAUGCCACCCCCUCCUCUCCUCCCCCCUCCAGGGAGCAAAGAAUGUGCCAAUGGUCCCUGCCUCCUUAGGCCGCCGGCCGGGGCUGCUGGGACGUGUAUAUAGGGGCGUGGGUUUUUUUCUGGGGGCCCCACGCCCACUUCUGAUGUGCAAUAGGGGAAGGAGGCUUCUAUUUUUGUGGCCGGGGUUGCCCCCCGCCGCCUGGGGUCGGGGUGGGGGGAGGGCACCCAUGCUGGGAGAAAGUAUUUUCCUGAGACCUGCCGAGGCCACGGGGCACCGCCAAUAAAGGGUGUGACUUUGCUGUCA